AUGCUGAAGACUCGAAUCCGCAAAUGGGAUCUUGAUCGAAAGAACAAAGAGCCUGACAUGCUCUAUGCUCUACGGAUCGUCCUCGAAAGACAAGCAUUGGGAAAAGACACAACUUUCCUCCUCCGCGGUCGAGUGGUGACUUCGAACGACAUCAAGAGAUACUUCAAGCGCAAAGGUGUGGUCGACUUCCAAGCCCUUCUCCGAGAGUCGCCUGCUGUGGUCGCUACAACAGAGGUCGAAUAUCACACUCCAGAAACAUUGGCAACCAUGGAAAGCCCUGAAAGGAACGUUCCAGUAUUGGCAGCACCUGAUGUGCAUUGCGGCCGCAUCACCGGUGGAAAUCUGAGGGCGACACUCAACCCUAGCUAUAUCAAUCCUGCCUUCUCGUCAACUCGGGAGAUGAACCACCUGGAUGCCCUGCUGUAUCAUAGCCGGGUUUACUGUGACUCUAUUUUUCAGACUCCUCCCAGGCAUGGCAGUUUCAGCGGCGAGUCGCUCGCACGAUUGGACCUGUUUUUCAACUUUUUCCUGGGCGGCCACUCUCUGCUUUGCCUCAAUCUAGUUCCCGAAGCAUUCUACUUUUUCAACCAAGCUUUCGACCAGGUCAGCCUGCUUUUGACGGAACAGCAUGUCUUGUUCCUUCCGUAUUUCUACAGCAUCAUACUCCCCCAGCCGAUCCGUCCCCGCGAGGAAGUCAUGGUCCAGCUAUUCCACUUCAUUUUGGAAAAGGUACAGCUACAUCAUCCACAGCUGCUCUGGAUUCAUCGUUCCGUAUCCAUCAUCAACAAAUUGUCUGUUGAAGACAGAGGGGAAGCAUCGAUUCGUGUCUUCCAAGCCAUUUGUGAUCGCCUGUGGUUGCUAGACUCGGACGGUUCUAAGCUGCUAGAAAUAGAUCCUACUUCGACUUUUGCAAAACUGGUUUAUCACGGCCUCUGCGGGAGCUACCUACCCGGAGCUAUCUUUCAUGGGUAG